UCCUGCUACCCCAGGCAUCCCGUCGGAAACAGAGGCCAGACCAUGGCUGCCUGGCUUCCCACACCCUGAGGAUGGUCCAGCCAGACAACAUGGCCUCUGCGGCUCCCACCGAGGGGGAGAGGCUGCCCCUCCCUGCACCUUUGACCCUACCUCCAUGUCAAACUGCCUACUUCUGACCCCUGACCUCCUGGACCCUGCACAUCACAGGCCGGUCCCACCACAGGCAAAUGGAGCAGGCAAGACCCCUCUAGGGGUCCUCAGCACCCCAGAGCCACUUCUUCGUCUGAAGAGGACAUGGGGUGUGUGGCAGGUCCCAGAGUUGGAUGCCAAGGAGGCAGAGGCCCUUGUGAAGCUGUGGCCACUAGGGAGUUUCCUGGUCACAGGACAUGACCCCAGCCAAGUCCUGGUAUUGAAGACAGGACUUUCACCAAGAGAAGUCAACACCUACCAGAUCCAGAAGGUGCCUGGAGGAGUGUCCCUGGAGUCCUCCAACCUCUGCAUGCCAGACCUGCCCCAUCUCCUGGCCUUCUUAUCAGCCAGCAGGGACGUUUUGCCCCAAACACUGCUCUUGCCCCCUCCCACCCCUGUGCCUGGAGGCAGACACAAAGAGUCCCUGCAGGUUGGCAGGGUACAAGGUGAGCCCUCAGGGAGGGUGCUCUCUGUGGUGAACCAGCUCUAUCUGGAGACCCAUGGAGGCUGGGGAAGGGAGCAGACCCCCCAAGCGGUGGAGCCAGAGACCGACCCGAGACUCGCUCCAGCCCCCAGGAACCCCGUCCUGCACCAGGUCUCCUGGGUGGAAGGCCCGCUCAGUCCAGAGGUGCACCACCCUGUACCGGCUCUGGCCAGCCUGGUGGAGGAGAAAGAGGAGGAGGAGGAAGACAAUGACACCUACAAUGACCAAGAGGAAGAGCCGGAGGAUGUGCUCACCGCGCACGUCCGAGCACUGGCCAGGGCGCGGAGCAGCUACGUGGGCAGGCAGUACCGGGGCCUCCGGGCACGCCUCACCUCGGAUUGCACGGGUUCCCACAGGCCUGGAGACCCUGCCACUGAGCUGCUGCAGGAUGUGCGGCACCUCCUUACUGACCUCCAGGAUUACUUGUCGAAGGACCCCGACGUCAGAGCUGUCUUUGGGAGCAGGGGCCCGAGGUUCCCCCAGACGGACGAGGAUAUUGGUAACGGGGAAGACUGGAAGGGAACCCCCAUGGCCUCAGGUCCCGCAGUGGAGGCGGCCGUAUGCCGGGCAGUGCUGGAGCCCCUGAAGCCUGCCCUGUGGACGCGACUCCGCACGCUCCGCGCCCAGGAACUGCGGCGACUGAGGCGGCGACAAAUAGCCCUGCGGGUGGGAGCGGGGCCUCCAGGCGCUCAGGGGGUGGGGCUUGAGGGGCAAAGCCCCGCCCCCGCCCUGCGGAGCCGCAUCCACUCGCGCCUGGAGCACCUGCACGCCGCGUGCGCGCCGCGCCGCAAGGUGGCGCUCCUGCUGGCGGUGUGCAGUGACGUCUACGCCGGCCUGGCCCGCUGCGACAACCAAGAGCCCCUGGGAGCCGACGCCUUCCUGCCAGCCUUGACCGAGGAGCUGAUCUGGAGUCCGCACAUCGGGGAGACACAGCUGGACGUGGAGUUUCUCAUGGAGCUCUUGGAUCCGGACGAGCUCCGGGGAGAGGCGGGGUACUACCUGACCACGUGGUUUGGGGCGCUGCACCACAUCGCCCACUACCAACCUGAUGCAGGCCGCGCACCCCAGGGGCUCAGCUCCGAGGCUCGUGACUCCCUUCGCCAGUGGCACCGCAGGCGCACGCUGCAUGGACAGAACCCACCUGGAGCCCAGGCCAACCUGCCAUUUGAGGAGCCAUGGUCAGUAGCAGCUGUGCCAGGGGCCACUGAUGAUUAGGGGUCUCAAACCCCUCCACUCCCCAAGCAAGAUGCAGAGGCAGCUGGGAAGCAGGUGGCGUAGGGAUGGUUCCCAGGAAAAGGGAACAUCCCACCUCUGGGCCUUCACAGGGCUCUUCCGGCUUCCUGGAAUGUGCCUUCUCUCCCCUCCAGGUCCUUAUGCACAUGUCACCUCAGUGAGGCUCUCCCUGAUACCCCUUUCUAGAACCAUAUCUACUCCCACCUGACUCUCAAUGGUAGGAAAAAUAAUGAUACCUGGCAAGGAUGUCCCAACCUCACCCACAAACUGUGAAUGUGCCACCUGACACAUUAAAAGGAACUUCGCAGAUAUGGUCACAACAAGGACAGAGGUGGGGAGGUUAUCCAGGAUCCUGGUGAGCUGUGUGCUGUCCCAGGGAUCCUUAGAAGAGGGUGGGCGGCAAGGGUGUCAUGGCAUGAGCCUUUAGUCCUAGCUGCUUGGAGUUGAAGGCCAGCCUGGACAAUGUUGCCAGGCCCCAAUUCACAAAAAAAAAAAAAAGGUUUGGGCGGGUCAGAGGAGGGAUGAUGCGGAUAGAAACCAGUGGUGUUGCCAAGAGCCAUCAAUGCAGACCCACUAGAAGGUGAAGAAGACAAGGCAUGGACGUCCCCCGAGGCUUCCGGAAGGAACUCAGCUUUUGAUCUGAAAGCCCAUUCUGGAUUUCUGACCUAGAGAACUGGAAAACAAUAAAUUGG